GCCAGUCAGUGCCUUCGCAGAGAUCAACGGAGGAAGUUGUGCGCUUGGAUUUUCGUUCGUUCGUACGGUCCCGGUUUUAUGCUCUCAGCGCGUUCAAGUCGUCUCGGCUUAGAUAAUUAGCAACAACAACAGCAACAAGGUGCAACUACUAGUUCGCUCAGUGGCUAAGUUCGGUCGGACAGUGCCUAGAGAGUCACGCGGAUCUCGCGACUUGGGGGUUUAAGUUUUAGUUCUUGGUGAGCGCUUUCACGGUUCGUUUGGCCGAUCAUCUGGGCGCAAUUCAUAGAUUAGAGAGGUACGAAACGGCCAGCGAUCGUGAGUGUUACGAAGGUUUUGCAGUGCCACUUUAUAGAAGCAUUCGUUGUGUGAUAACAACAAGUGAACGACGAUCGUUCCAGGAGAAAGGAAGGAAAAUUUACGACGAUACGGAUUAUAGACGCCGAGUCCAGCAAAUAAUCAACUCAAUUCGGAACUUCACGCUGUGCUAGAGAAAUAAGAAAACAUCAGCGCCUGUUGAUCGCUGCUGCGCGUGUCAACGCAACGUCGAAGAUCGCCGCCCACCUCGGCAGUUGACGGACCUACCGACCCCAUCUAACAGACUGAUAGCAACCGCCAUCCCGCUUUCAAUUCAUCAGUGACCGUGUGGCCAAUCGCGACUUUGGCCGCUUUCCCGCCCGACGAUGGGAUGCGACUGUGAAUCAUGCAUAGCGAAAACGCUACUAUCAGUAUUCAACUUUGUGUUCUUCGUUCUCGGCACGGUUGUUCUAGCAGUCGGAGCAUGGCUGGCAGCAGACAAAUCGUCGUUCAUAGCACUUCUGAAAAUGGUUGAAAGCGAUCAGCUGGAGCACUUUACUCAGCCGGCAGUGAUAGAACAGUUGGCGUACUGUCUGAUAGCGAUCGGGGCCAUCAUGUUCUUCCUCAGCUUCCUCGGCUAUUGCGGGGCCAUCCGGGAGAGUCAAUGUCUGCUCACAACCUACGCCCUCUUCCUGCUAGUGAUACUGAUCCUUGAAGUGACAGCAUGUGGCCUCGCAGCAGCCUACAAGGAUCGAGCAAAGACCGAAACCAAGAACUACCUCCAGACGACCAUCUCCCGGUACUACUCAAGCAACGAUCGCAACCAAUCGGACGCCGUGACGCUCAUGUGGAACUAUCUGAUGUCGGAGAUGAAGUGCUGCGGGGUGGACGACUAUCGGGACUUCAACCUGUCGGACAAGUGGAACGAGAGCAAGGGAACGCGAGUCAUCCCGGAGGCCUGCUGCAUGCAGUCGGCGCUCUUCGAACCGAUGGACAAAAACUGCCCCUUCUCGCCGUCCGACAGCAACAGUUACUAUAAGCAGGGCUGCUAUAACGCGCUCAUCGACUGGAUCAUGUUCAACCGCAAUUUGGUUAUCAUCGUGGCCAUUGGAGUGGGACUAGUGCAGCUGUUGGCCAUUUUCCUGGCGUUCUGUUUGUGCAAAUCGAUCGAAAAGUAUCGAGGAAUGCGACUUUAAAAUUACAGACACAAAAAAGCCACGGACAAAAACACCGAAGUUAUCAUCUAGACAUCUCUUGAGGAGGAAGUAAAAGACAAUCCCAUUUUGGAAGGAUUAGAGACGAUUUUAUACAAAGAUCUGACCACAUGCCACUAGCGGUGGCUACCGAAAAAUCUGCGUUUACUAGUAUAUUAGUGAUUAACGUCACGUUUUAAAAUAUUUACGUUCAAAACCGUCACACGAUUGAUAGGCGUUAUUUAAACUAAGGACCUUAACAGAUUUAUGUAAGAUCCCCAGAAAUCAAACGGAGGCCUUUGGUCGAGCUAGUAGAAAGUGAUCGAACGUACAAGUGCACUUUGUAUUUUUAGGUAUUGAUGAGAUAGAUAAAAAGCCAUUAUGAUCGAAUCAUCGAAAAAGAUAUACACUUGAGGCAGCCAUUAAUCAUUCACACACAAGUCGUAAUCAGUUGGAGUUCGGUUUAAUGAGGUUUCUUUUUUUUAGAUUUUUUGUUUGUACAAUUUCUCAUACAGCUUUCAGUACGGAAGAAAAAAGAAGCAUCAUUUCAAUUUUUUAUAUUAUGCUUUAUUGAAUUGAUUGUUAGUAAGCUGUGUAGUAUAAAUUCGAAUAUUCGAUUUUAUAGUUACAAUACUAAAUUGUUUUGUUUAAUGAUUAAGGAAAUAAAUA